AUGAGUGUCUUAUGGGAAACCCCACAAUCCACAAUUCGACAGACUAGUGUUGAUCCAACCUACUCGAGGACUUCUUCGCCAUCAUUUGACAUGCAGGAUUCGGCUUUCGUGAGGCGAGGCAAAGAUCCAGUCAUUCGAUCUUCAAAGAAGGUCUAA